UGGGCCCAUCCCAUCUGCACCCCCAACCCCAUUCCCUCUCCCCACACAGAUGGCUGAGGCAUUUGCAGUGAUGAGACAGGAGUUAAACAGGAAAGCAGUAGAAGCCACCAAGAGGGAAUAUGACCAAUUUGUGCAGGAGCUGCAGGACCGUGACCACCAGAGCAUGAGCAGCUGCCUGAGGGUGAAGCCCCUGGAGAUGCAGCGACGCCUGGAGGGGAAAUGCCAGGAGCUGCUGGAGCGCUGCCAGGGGGAGCUGUGGGGCGAGGACCCCCAGAAACAGGAGGCCCUGGAGGAACUGAAGAAGGAGCUGGACAAGCAGAUGGCGGAGUUCUUGGCGCGAUAUGAACAGCGCUUUAAAAUGGCAGAGAUGAGAGAGAAGGCAAACAGAGGAGCAGUAGAAGCUGCCAGGAGGGAAUAUGGACUAUUUGUGAAGCAGCUGCAGGACCGUGGCCACCAGAGCAUGAGCAGCUGUCUGAGAGUGAAGCCCCUGGAGAUGAAGCGAUGCCAGGAGGGGAAACGCCAGGAGCUGCUGAAACGCUGCUGGGGGGAGCUGCGGGGCGAGGACCCCCAGAAACAGGCGGCCCUGGAGGAGCUGAAGCAGGAGCUGGACAAGCAGAUGGACCAGUUCCUGUCGGCCUACGGGCAGCGCUUUAAAGUAAAGAAGGCCGAGUGGUUGGGCCUGUACAUUGUGCCAUCGCCAGCUGCCAGCGCGCGCCGGGCAUGGGCUCGCCCCGACUGGCCCGUGCACCUGCCAAUCAGCAAACGGCUCUGGCCCAUUGGCUGCCCCUUCAGGAGGUGGGACGGGGGAAGCAAGGGAUUCUGGGACUUGUAGUUUUAUGUACCCAGUGGAGGAGAAGCGGGAGCUAUGGCGCUUAUGGGGGGGGGUCUAGUGGUUGGACCAGAGCCCUGGGAUAGCAGGGGGCUCCGGGGGCUAUUUAAAGUGCCGGGGCUCCAGCUAUCUCUGCUGCCUCGGUCCUCUAAAUAGGCACGAGAGCCCCACAGCUUCCCCAGGGCUCCGGCAGCUAUUUAAAGGGCCAAGGUGGUAGAAGCAGGGGGGCCCCUGCCCUACCUGCAGCCAGCCCCUGCU